UCUAGCCGUACUAGCACUCCGAUUUUAUUAACUAUGGGGGUGACUGCGAUUCUGAGCACGGUUCUUGCUGAUGCUACUUUGAUAUGGCGUCGUUGAAUUGUCUGGGGUCGGUCAUGGCGCAUUGUGCUCGUGCCGAUUGUUUGCACCACCUUAGCAAUAGCAGAGGGAUCAUAACUUAUUACUCCACUUUUGGACCUAUCGAGAAUGCGUCACCACGAACGUUAUACCUUGAGAAUAUUGUUAAUUGGGCCGUACUGUACUCCUCACUCAUCUUGGCGACCCUGCUAUGGUGCACGAUUCUCAUCGUCUAUCGCAUUCUGAGAGUGGGCGCUGCUGCUGCAAUGAUGCGCGUAUAUCAGAGAGUGAUAGAGAUGCUUGUAGAAUCCGCAUCAAUCUACUCUGUCGUGAUAGUCAUUCUGGUGGUGUUUGAAGUUCAUAAUGAGGGGGUCGGAGCUUACAUCGAAGUGUUGGCAAUUGCGAUGAGAGGCAUCAUCCCUACAAUUUUGGUCGGCCGUGUUGCAGCAGGGCACGCACACCCAGAUGACUCCUGGAACGAAAGUACGACGACGUCGUCCCUUCGAUUCAGAAGUCACUCAAGUUCACAGACCGACAGCCAGAUUGGUGCUGGAUCUGGAUGGGACACAUCUUCCCGUGUAACAGACUUAGAAGAGGGCUCGGAGGGCAAUAGACAGAGUUGAAGCUGGAGGAUAUUGCUCAAACUUGGCGAUGUGUGUGAUUUUGAAUCAUUUGGCACGUCGCAUGC